AUGGGCAUGGGUGUCUUGUGGGGUAUUUUGGGUGAUCCCUUCGGACUCCAGCAGGAGGAUCCCAUGGAGGCGCUUUACAAGAAGAUCAUGGAAGAAGUCAAGGAGCUCAUUGAUGAGAAUGCCAUGAAGAGGGAUUUGGAAGAGCACAGAGCUGAGAUGACAGCAUUACUCCAGGAGAUGGAUUGGUUUCCAGAAGUCUUGCAGCAAGUCGGUACAGGAGCAACCCAAGGCCUUGAAAGCCACACUGCUGUACUUUGGCACAUCAUGGUACAGCAGCACAUCGCGUUGUUGACUGGCAAGCUUUGGUCUGCUCCAUGCCUUACUAAUGUCUACAGUGAUUCGUGCAGGUCUUGGCAACAGAAGCCUGGAGUUCUGGAGUUGGCAUUGAAGCUGGCCGGCAUUCAGCAGCAAGAGCUCCUGGAAAUUGCCCGGCUCGAGCCAAGCUACAGAGAUGGCCUGGACAAGCGGAUGCUGCAAGUGAUUCAGAGCCAUUACCGUCAAGCCAGUGCUGCCUUCCAAGUGUAUGUCCAUGCUCGUCUUCACAAUUACGUGCAUGAUGGGCGCGACGACUUCCCAGGUGCCACAUCGUUGGGCAAUGGCCAUGACAACCAGAAGAAGAUUUUCGACAAAACCCACCGAUCACUCCGCUCCCACAUUUCCAAAUGGGCAGCUCUCCUUGGGGCAGCAGAAGGCGCCACAAACUCUUUCUACACCAGCCAGAGCGUGGACGAUCCGCCAGUUGUGUCACUAAACCCUAGAAAUCAUGAGAAUUGGAGGAUCCAUACAACAGAACAACCAAAUGGCGUGUUGCGAGUCAUUACCGGCCUCUUCAUUUGGCUUGGAGGUGAUGUUGGCUUUCACACCGUUACUUUCCUUUCGCAAGACCUGGUUCGAGCGCACCAGGCAAAGGUUCAAACCAUUGAUCAUGCUGGGGACCACAGUCACUGGAAAAGAUGCCCAGUGGGCACGUUCAUGAGGGCCAUGUACAGUCCCUUGGGGUCUAAUCGCCGCCGGCAUGAUCCGUGGACACACUGGGACAAGACCGAAUGCGUGGAGAUCCCCGUCACGCCUACUCCGCUCUCCGAGGACAGCUACGUGCAUGACAAUUGCUACAACAUUGAUGCCAUCUAUCUCCUGGAUCAUCAUGGGGAUCUGAAGAGAUGGGUCCAGUGUGAUCCCGGCUACGCCCUGAGGGGCAUCUUGCAAGGCAAUGGUGAGGGUGUGUCCAAUUUACAGGAGUUUCAAUGCUGCUCCCUUGCGCCGCUAGGGGCUCGAAACCGAGAGCUCCGGAUCGACGAUGCUACCUACAAGAUGCGGCAGGUGCCCUACCAGCAACUCGACUUCGAAGGGUUCAACAACCUCGGGAACGGCCAUUGUGACAGCGGUUACUAUACCACCCAUCAUGGAGAGACUUUCCAGUCAUGUGCGGCGCUCUGCAAUCGGGACAGCAAUUGCAAGUUCAUCUCCGUGGUCAACGGCAUCUAUUGCGCGUUCUACGACACAACCGACUGCGGCCUGCGAAUCCAUCACAAGCACGAAUACACUUCGUAUCAGAAGGUCGAUUACCGAAAGCGCGUGCCGAACUACUCUUACUUGGGCUGGGGUUAUUGCAAAAAUCAUUAUCUCAGAGGAUGGGUCGCAGCAGAUGCAAUCAGCUUCCAGGCGUGCGCGGACAAGUGCGACGAAGAGGCAGACUGCAAAUACUUCGCCUUGUUCAAAGACCACACUUGCUCACGCUACAGCGCGCAGGCUCAAGAUGGGUGCGCCAGUCGCUACCAUGCGGUGCGAACCCAGGCUAAUCCUCACAUCUCCUAUGAAAAGAUCAGGUGA